ACCAGGGGGACACCAAAGAAAACAGUAGGUGUUAAUAUCCCAUUAGUGCAAAGUGUACAGACCGACAGUAUCGUUAAACCGUCAGGUGUCGCCCAUUCUUCUUCUACUGAAGUUAAAAUUAAUCAGCCACAAAUUGGUAUUGACACGACCCUCUGAAACAACGUCAUAUAGUCUGGUAGGGUUGGUGAUGCCUACGGCUUAAGAUUGCCUGUUUAUAUCAAAGUCAAGCCCCCCACGAUAACUACGGACUACUCGCGAUCCGCGGUCAUAAAGAGGGUAGAGGUUCGCGCGGUACCAUCAGUACCAUCGAACGCACGACUGUGCUCACACGCAUACAAUAUAGACAUAAAGUCAUGUUCGUGGUUACAGUACUAUCCGUAAUUGUGUUUGUGCUCAUGUUAACGUUAUGGGCCACAAAGAGGCAAAAAAAGAAAUCGAUCAAUCCAAUACCUGGACCUGAUCCAUUACCUGUCAUCGGUAGCCUUCAUUUGCUUGGAGAGCAUGAAACACCCUUUGAAGCAUUUACUGCCCUUAGCAAGAUUUAUGGUGAUAUCUUCAGUAUCACCAUGGGAUCGACCCCUUGUGUCGUGGUUAACAAUUUUGACCUUAUUAAGGAAGUGCUUAUUACUAAGGGCGGUGAUUUUGGAGGAAGACCUGAUUUUAUGCGGUUCCACAAGCUGUUUGGAGGAAACCGAAAUAAUUCUUUGGCUCUAUGCGAUUGGUCCGUUUUGCAAAAAACAAGAAGAAGCAUUGCGAGAACUUACUGCUCCCCGAGGUUUACUUCUCUUCAGUAUGCAGCUGUUAACACUGUUGGAUCCAACGAGCUAGAAGCAUUUAUGGGUGAACUUCAAAAGUUUCCUGUUAAUAAACCAGUGGAUAUCAAACCAGUUGUCUUGGGCGCCUGCGCUAAUAUGUUUAUGCAGUAUAUGUGCUCCACAAGGUUUUCCUAUGAAGAUAAAGACUUCAAAAAGUUAGUAAGAGAUUUUGACGAGAUCUUUUGGGAAAUUAACCAAGGUUACGCAGUAGACUUCUUGCCUUGGCUAUUGCCAAUGUAUAGUAAGCAUAUGAACAAACUGUCACAAUGGGCUGCAGACAUCCGAGAAUUUAUUCUAGCGAGGAUUGUCCAGGAUCAUAUUAAUACUUUGGAUUACCACGCGCCUCCAAGAGAUUUUACUGAUGCCUUGCUGAUUCACCUUCAAGAGGAUCCGAACAUGGAGUGGCAACACAUUAUUUUUGAGCUGGAAGAUUUUAUUGGUGGCCACUCGGCUAUUGGAAAUCUAGUUAUGAUGAUUCUAGCUUCAGUUGUCAAAUACCCACGGGUUGCCAAGAAGAUCCAAGAAGAAGUUGAUAAUGUUACCCAAGGGAAACGUUAUGUGAACAUGUUCGACAAGGCUGCUAUGCCUUAUACAGAAGCGGUUCUCUGGGAAACUUUGAGGAAAAGUUCUUCACCUAUUGUUCCACACGUAGCUACCACGGACACUGAAAUCCAAGGUUCCCCAAUCAAGCGGGGUACAAUGGUAUUUUUAAAUAACUACGAUUUGAAUCUUAGUGCACAAUAUUGGGACGAACCAGAGAAAUUCAUGCCUGAAAGAUUCCUUUCUAGUACAGGAAAUGUAGUAAAACCAGCACAUUUCAUCCCUUUUAGUACUGGGAAAAGAACUUGUAUUGGCCAACGUUUGGUGCAAUGUUUUAGUUUCAUUAUCGUAUCAACUCUUCUUCAGAAUUAUAAUUUAUCAGCAGCCUCAGAAGUUAAAUUAAAACCAGGUUGUGUAGCUGUUCCUCCAGAUUGUUUCAAACUCAUUUUAACACCAAGACAUAUAAAUCCGAAUUAGGUUGAACAUAUGUUUAGGUUGAAAUGAGUUGGUUGUCAGAGUGAUAUGAAACUAGCCCUAGCCAAGGCUAUAGAGAAUUUUAAAAGACUGGAGCAGCAGAGCCACAUCAUCUACUUUUAAGGAAACGUAAGAUAUAAAUAAUACGAUAAGCAUCACUGUUCACUGGUGGUGGUUUAAAUAUUCAUUAUUUAGACUACAACGCAUUACUAUUUAUUAUCAUUUAUUCAUUUUUGUACAUUAGUGGUGGGAUUUUUUUGUAAAAUAUCUUAUGGUGUUUUAUAUAGGGUUAUUUAUAAAGGUUGGUUCUGGGUAAAGAGGCAAUAUUUUGAUAGCAACUAUUUACAAGAGGUAUUGUGUAAAUGUUUUGUUGUAUUUAUUAGGAAUGAAUCUGGUAAGCUUUUAAUUUAUUUAAUGGGGAUUUUGGGUUUUAAAAAUAUAUUUUUUUAAAAACUGCUAAGUCAAAUUGUGCCUUGAUAUGUAUACAGUGGGCAGCUAAAGUAUGGAACAAACUUAUUUAAAUAUCGAGUUUUUUAGAACAAAUAUUCUGGUCUGGUAUACAGGGUCUAUUAAAAAGUAAAUUUGACGUAGGGAAUAGUAUUUUUUUUAAAUCAUAUUUUAGAUUUUACUUCAAAUUCUACUAAUGAAUAUUUAAUUCUUUUAGAAAUUUCAUAUUCUUUCUUAAUGUUUUAGUUUAAAAAAAAAUCUAAGGGUGUAAUAUCUGGAUAUAUUGCUGGUAGAAUUUGAUGCAGAAUUCAGAAUUGAGUUUUAAAAAUUCUCAUUAAAUAAAGUUAUUUUAGUGUUGCAUUUACUAGUUGACACACUCUGUAUAUAUUUUAUAAAAAUGUGGAAACAUAGAAAGGGUGUGUUUCAAAUUUUUCUAAAAUCAAUUCUUGAUUUUUAAUAUCGAAGGUGGAAGUAAAUAAUAGAAAAUUGGUUAAAUACUGGCAAAUUUGGGCAUUAAUUUUUUUAAUAUUUUCGAAAAAAAAAGCAAAAAAAAAUAUUUAUAUUUUAAAAAUUUGCUUUUAAUCAGGUCAGAAAAAAAAAUCCAAAAAAAACAGAUUUUUCCUGAAAUAUUCGAAAUUUACUAUUACUAUGUAAUUAUCGAAUAUGCGAGAAUUUUCUAUUGCUCUCGAAACCCUGUACACUCACUGUAUAUCAAUAAUUUAUAAUUUUUUGUCUGUUUUGUAAAUAAUUGGACUGUUAAAAUAAUGUCGAUUAAACUAUGUGAAUCCCCUGUGAUCUUUAGUUUUAAAGUAGAUAAUCCUUUAGAGGGAAGUCCUUAGGUGGAGAGUAGUUGACAUCUAUAAAUGAUCAGAAACACAAAAACGGAUUUCGAUGCUUUAUUUUUUCCAACAAUUCUCCACCUAAUAGAUAAUAAUUUUUGGUACAGUUUGCUUUUAAUUGGUCAUAGUUAAUACUGUAGAUAAUAUAGUAAUUGUGUAUAUUGUUCCUAUAAUUUAAAUUUUUAUUAAAAAAAUAUCUUAUUAGGCUAUUAUAAUAGAAUAUACAUAUAUAUUUUUUAAAUGCGUGGCUUUAAGACAUGCAGUGCAACUUAAAUGUAACAUAUUAUUGUAGAUAUGGUAGGCAUUUUAAAAAUUGUAAUUUUUUUAUUGUAAAUUAAAUUAUAUUUUUACUUUAUUAGUACACGUUU